GGAGUGUUCAAGUUGGUCAAGGAGAGUGAAUGCUGGUCUGUGUGUCUCCUGUGUAGGUGACUGACUUAUGGAGAAUGAAUCAGGAUUAGAUUGCAAUGGGCUGGACAAACCCUGGUGAUUUAGUGCCCUUCCUGUUGCAAUGGCUUCAGAGAUGGAAAAAGCUGAUGCCCUUCUUCAGACGUUCAACACUCCAUCUGUGAUCUCCAGUUUGGGCUUGGGUAUUUUUUGUUUCCUAGCAGAUAAAGUUCAACAAGCUUCUUUUAUUCAGCAAAACGAUUGGCUGCGAGCUUUGUCUGACAAUGCAACACAUGGUGUGAUUGGCAUGUGGUCUUGGGCCAUCGUAAUUGGUCUCAGAAAGAGAAGUGACUUCUGUGAAGUCAUUCUUGCUGGCUUCUUUGCAUCGGUUAUUGACGUGGAUCACUUUUUUCUUGCUGGCUCUCUCUCACUAAAGGAUGCUCUACAUCUUCCCCAAAGACCUCCUCUUCAUUGCUCCACUUUGAUUCCCAUCGUUGCUCUCACCUUGAAGUUUUUAAUGCAGCUGUUCAGACUGAAGGAUUCAUGGUGCUUUCUACCCUGGAUGUUAUUUAUAUCUUGGACUUCCCAUCACGUUCGGGAUGGGAUACGACAUGGACUUUGGAUUUGCCCAUUUGGAAAGACUGCUCCUCUGCCAUACUGGCUAUAUGUUGCAAUCACUGCUUCCUUACCACACCUGUGCUCUCUCAUUAUGUACUUAACUGGAACAAGGGAAUUAAUGACCACAAAACAUGGAAUACAUAUUGAUGUCUAACUGGAACUAAAGAAAUCUCAUGUUUACACAAAAAUAUUUGUAUUUGUUUACAUAUUCCAAUAAGCGUUAUUGUUGCUAACAUAUCACUAUACGUGGUGCAUGAACCAAUUUGUUUUUUCUCAAAGAUUUUCAGUCACAACACUGUGCUGGAAUAUAUCCUGGGAAAUGCUUUGUGUUUCCAGUCAUCACUAAUUUCCAAGAUAUAUUUUGUGUAAGAUUCAUAAACUGAAAUCAUAAAUAUAUAAAAUUAUACUUAUUUUUAUGUGUCUUUUUAAAUAUGUAUAUAUUUUUUAAAUCAUGGAUUCUAUGAAGCAGUUAACAGAUACGGUAUUGGGGUCCAAUAUAACUCAAGUCAUCUUGAUAAUUUAACAUUUAAUAUUAUGAAUCAUCAUGACAUAUCCUUAAUUAUGUACGUUACACUUUUUUUUUUUAAUAUGACCAAUACAAAAAGGUGGCCUCUCACAUAUAUUAUGCUACUGUAACCAAGGACUCAAUAUAGAUAACUUUAUUUAUACAUUUGCUCAGUGAAUAACAAUCUCCAUUAAAUGUUCAUUGUUCUGGUGUUUUACUCA